CCAACUCACCUUUCUUCAUCAAUAGUUCCGUCCUGCGGCCGCAACGGAAAUCUGCUGCCCAUCAUCAAUGAGAAUUGGAUUAUCGGUCGCCGAACGACGGAAUGAUAUGCAUCAUCAUCGGAUGCAUCAGUAAUAGCUAGAAGAGGAUUCGUGAAUGCGAAUCGAGCAACCGUGUAACGCAGAAGCAAUAGCAGUUAGAUUUUAUUCUACUUUAGAGAGAGUGUAAUGGAAAUGGAAGCUGCAGCGGAAGAAUAUUUGGAGCUGCGACGAAGUCGAAGAACUAGCGCAGUAACAACAACCAUGGCUGUCAGUAGUUGUAACGAGGUGGAGAGGAGGAGAAGGAGCGAUGGCAGCAGUAGGAGUAGUUUUAGUAGUAGAAAUAAUACUAGUAACAGUGAAGAACCUAGCAGUAAUAAGAGUAGUAAUAAUAAUCGAGGAAGACGGAAAAGGUUUCGAGUGGCCAGCUGCUUCCACUGGAGCGUUUGGAGCAGUGUGGCGUUGUUGAUGUUGAUGACGCUCCAACAGACGAGAGUUGGGGAGGCCCUGGGUCCCAAGUAUGAAACGGCUUAUGCCUGUGAAGGGAAGACUCUAAUGAUCGAGUGCGAAAAUGGGGAUCUGAUCAAUCUGAUACGGGCCAACUAUGGAAGGUUCUCGAUAACGAUCUGUAACGAUCACGGGAAUGUGGACUGGAGCGUCAACUGUAUGUCUCCGAAGAGUUUGAGGGUGCUGCACUCGAAGUGCGCCCAGAAGCAGAACUGCUCGGUGCUGGCAUCGACCAGUAUGUUCGGGGAUCCGUGUCCGGGGACGCACAAAUAUCUGGAGGCGCACUAUCAGUGCGUUUCGGCGUUGCAGACGUCGACGACGACGAAUCGGCCGAGUCCGCCCUGGCUGAAGACGUCCCAGCCGAUCGUUUGGAGCACGUCGACGGUGCGCAAUCCGGUGCUCAGUAAGCUGAACUUUUCGGAUCCACUGGCCGGGUUCGGGGUGACGACCGCCUUGGGGAGUAGCAGUUUAGGAACGACUCCGGUUGGAGGAGGUGGAGGCGGGACGACAAAGGCGGUGAAAGUGAAACCGACCACCCCCUACAAGCAACAAACACUGAUGGUGAAUCAGCAGUUUCGUAACAAAGGAUUCGAUAACAAAAGUGUGAAUGAUGAUUUGGCCAUCAUCAAAACGAUCAGCGAGGCAGGGAAGGGGAAGGUGCCGGAGGACGACGAAGAUUUCGGCGAUGAUGAAGACUAUUUCCCUACGCAAACGGCAGUCUUAUCGAAUGCGAAUCGGGAACGGGAUGAGGAAAGCAAUGUUUUCGACCUGGGAGGCGGCAGCAAAAGUAAUGAUGAUAAUCAAAGCGGAAGCAGCAGUAGCAACAAUAACGAUAAUAGGAAUAGUAAUAGCAAUAUCAUAAGUGAUGGCAACAAUGCUAAUAACAAUAAUAAUAAUAACAACAAUGCUGUGAACAAUGUUUUGGAUGUGAGUCACGCGUGUGGCCCGACGACGGCUCGGGGCCUGUUUUGGAAUGUGACCCGGGUCGGGGAGGCGAAUGUGCAGCCCUGCCCGGGUGGGGCCACCGGCAUUGCCAAGUGGCGCUGUGUGGCCAUCGGGACGCUGACCGCGGACCAGCGCCUCCAUUUGCAGUACGAACGGGAGCAGCAACAAUCAUUACUAGAUGAUAGCAACAAAAGUGAUAUUAGUUAUAGUAGCAAUCUUAGCGGUAGUAGUAGCGGUGCCACCUGGUACUCAUAUCAGCCGGAUCUGACCCAGUGUCGGUCCCUGUGGCUCAACAAUUUGGAGAUCCGAGUGAACCAGCAGGACUCGUCGUUGAUUUCGAUUGCCAAUGACCUGUCCCAGGUCACCAGCAGUAAGACUUUGUACGGAGGAGACAUGCUAGUCGCGACGAAGAUCAUCCAAACCAUGUCUCAGAAGAUGCAUUUUGAUAUAGAAACCAUCCCGGAUCAGCGGCAGCGAGAAGCUUUGGUUUAUGAGCUGCUAAACAGUGUGGUCAAAACCGGUAGUAAUUUGUUAGAUUCUUCUCAACACGCCAGCUGGCUCGAUCUAAGUGUGGAAGAUCAAAUGAGGGUGGCCACCUCGCUGUUAACUGGUCUGGAAGACAACGCCUUCCUUUUGGCGGACACUAUUCUCCGGGAGCGACACGUCGUUCAGAAGGUCAAAAACAUCCUUCUUUCGAUUCGAGUCUUGGAGACGAGAAACUUCGUUAAAAAUGAAGUUUUCCCGGAUUCAAGCCAGGAACGCUGGCAGGUCAGCAGCGACCAAAUUGAACUUCCGAAGGCAGCUCUGAUCGAAAAUAGUGAAGGCGGUCUGGUGCGGAUAGUUUUCGUCGCUUUUGAUAGAUUAGAACAAAUCUUAAGGCCACAAUUUGGCAACAUCCAGCAGCAGCGAUCCAAUAGCGAUCAAAACAAAGUUGAGAAUGACAAACCGGAAGCCGUUUCGCCUCAGCCGCGACAACGUUUGCUCAAUAGCAAAGUCAUUUCAGCUAGCUUGGGUAAAGGGCGUCACAUCCAGUUGUCUCAACCGAUCCGAAUGAUCUUGAAACACCUUAGAACCAAGAACGUCUCAAAUCCGACCUGUGUUUUCUGGAACUACAUCGAUCACGCCUGGUCCGAGGACGGAUGCUACGUCGAAUACACCAACGCGACCCACACCAUCUGCAUGUGUAAUCACUUGACCAACUUCGCGCUGCUAAUAGACGCCAUCGACGAGACCCAGCUCUCCCUGCUCUCGAUAAUCGACGACGACAUAAAAAUCCUAAUCUACAUCAGCGUCGCGAUCUGCAUCGUUAUAGCCGUGAUUGCACUCUUCGCUCUCAAACUCUUCAACGGAGUGUUCUCGAAGGUCCGCUCCGGAAGCACCCGGCGACAUCACGCCAACAACAGCAACUCCGCGGCAGCCGACAUGCAUCUCCCGAACCACCUGCAGCAGCAGCACCACGAUCUGGACGUCGGCUAUCAGCCGGCACCGCAUCAUCCGCACCAUCACCAUCAGGCACCGACGCACUACAACAGUGCGACCGGACUGAUGACAUCCGGAGCCGGAGACGGGCACCUGAUGCGAACCAUAGGACACAACCACCACAACAACAACCUUGUCACCACAACCUUCAACAAUCUGGGCCCAGUUCAACCGGGAUCCGGAGGUGGAGGUGGUUACGAAACGGCCACCCAUCACCGCCUCGCCGGAGGAACCUACCAGGACCCGCCACGACUCAACAACAAUCAAAUCGGCAACAGCAGCACCAGCAGCCGCAGCAAGCUGCUGCUACUGCCACCUGCCUACAACAACAGCAACAGCAAACCGCAGCACCAUCAGCACCUAUAAUUGGGGCCGGUGCUGCUACGCCAUCAUCCAUCGGAUAUCAGCAGCAGCCGGAUUGCCACCAGCGUCACCGGCCCGGAUCUGGCAGUCUAGAUGGCAGCAGCGGCGGCAGCACCAACAGCCAGAGGAGCAGUAGCAGCAGCACCGUGA